GUCAAAAAUUUCCCAGGCACUACUACUAGACUACUAACUGUUAGUCUAUACUGCACUGUCAGGCUUGAGUAAGCUAACUAGCUUAGAAACUGAACAUUGACACCUUAACAAAGUAAUUCGUUUGAAACCCACAGCACAGUAUGGCCACUCCACUGAGUCCAUUACAUGGACCCAAGAUCACUGAUGGUCUUCAAACACAUCUCAUGUGUCCCAUCCACCUGGACAUCCUGAAGCGCCCAAAGACCCUGCCCUGUCAGCACGUGGUGUGUGAGGAAUGCAUCGGGCAGUGGAUAAAUGCAAGGGGUGGGCAGCUGUUCUGUCCAGAAUGCCACGUUGCUCAGCCACUUCCUUUAAAUGGUGCGAAGGGGCUACCAAACAACUUCAAAAUUGCAAGUCUCUGCGAGUUUGUGGAGUCCAUGAUGAGGGUGCAGGAUAGCAGUGAAGUCGCAGCCUGCGAAGAGCACUUGAAGAAACCGGUUGCCCAAAUUUGUCUGCACUGCAAGGUUCCUGUCUGCGAAGAGUGCAUUCAGGUCAGUCACAGAUCACACAAGACAGUCCCCAUAGAAGAGUUCUUGAAAGUAAUGGGUGAUCCACUGCCAAAGUUGAUGGGACAGGCUAAGAACAAACUGAAAGAGAUUUUCACAGUUGUAGAGGUCCUUGAGAAGACUAGAGCUGAGCUGAGAGAGAACUAUGAACUGGCUAAGCGUGAAACCAAUGAUCAUGUGCACAAGCUGAUGAAGAUGAUGACCCAAGCCCAUGUGAAAAUGAAUGGAGAGAUUGAAAAGAAAUACAAUGAGAAAGAAGGUGCUCUGAUUGCCCAACUGGAAAUGCUAUCUAGUGCCAGGGCAGAAAUAUCUGAACUGAUUGGUUUGCAACAUCAUUCUGAAGAGGAAUCAAGCAUGACCAAAUCUGUGAUGACUGCUUCUGGACAGCAACAAUGGAACAAACUCAAUCAAAUGUCUCAACAGGAUCUGCAGCUUGCCCCUAGACAAAACAGCGUGAUAUCAGUUCAGUGGGACAAGGAUCUUGAGAUUGCUAUUCAGAGGGAGACCUUGGGCGAGGUUGUCACAAAGCCAGUGCCGAAUAGCCACCAGAGUGCCCUUUCUCUGUCAACAUCCCGGGCUGUGCUCCAGUCAGAAGUCAAGAUUCAGCUGGCUCUCAGAGAUGCUGUGGGCUCCCCUAUUGAGACAAGUGAUAUGUCGUCUCUAGUUGCAACCAUUUCAGCCCCUGGAAGUUUCACAGGCCAUGUCCAAUUCACACAAGGAGAAGCUAGUGCUGCCAUUGCAACCUUUACACCCAAGUACAUUGGCAAGUACAGGAUUGAAGUUGGGUUGUUUGGGAAUCCUGUAAAGAAUAGUCCUCUUAACCUGAUAGCUCAACCAAGAGGAGCAAUGAAGAUCAAUGAAAGAUGUAACUUCAACCAGCCACAUGACAUCAUCCAGCAUGAUGACAAUUUCUACAUAACUGACAAAGGUAACCACCAAGUAAUCAUCAUGGACAAGCAGUUUAAACAGGUUGGGAAGUUCCUGCUGCCAUCUGACCCUGCAAUGGCCAAGUUUGAUCCAUAUGCAAUUGCUUACACCGGGAAGACCUUUGUGGUCACUGACCUGAAGCAUAAGUGUGUCCUUGAAUUCACCAACUCCACCUACUUACAGCGAUUUGGCCAGGACUUCCUCUCCAAUCCUACGGGCAUAGCAUGUGACAAAGAAGGCAAAGUAUAUGUUGCAGAUGGCGAGAAGCAUUGUAUCGUGGUCUUUGACCAACUCCGAGAACGUAUCGCUGUCCUUGGUGGGCCAGGUGCCACAAGAGGACAGUUCAACAACCCAUGGUUCAUUGAUGUCAAUUCCAAAGGAGAAGUAGUUGUUGCCGACUUUGGAAAUCACCGCAUCCAAGUCGUAGAUCCUACCAAGGACACAGUCACAAGACUCAUUGAUAUCCAUCAUAACCAGAAGAUCUGGGAUGUACGCGGCUUAGCUGUGGACAGGAAUGACAACAUCUACGUCACCGUCCGCCAGAAUGGCAACAUAAGAGGCUGGAGUACAGAGACGGUGAUAGCCUACAGUCCAGAAGGAGUACUUCUGGGUAGCUUCGGAGAGGGAUUCAACUAUGCAAGGGGCAUGACUAUCAUUGAAGAUGAGGAGAAUAUGACUGUAAUGGUCGUUGAUGGAGCAAAUCAUCGCAUCAAAGGAUAUCUUAUGUAGCCUUUGAACAAAACUAUCUAACUGUGUCAGUUAGCAUUAACUUGCCAUUUAGGCUCAUUGUACACUGGAGACAAACAUGGCCACACAACACAAAGUACAUAAUGUACUGUAGUAAAAUCGCAAUCAUCAUCAUUUAUUAAAGUUAGCAUUUUUCCUCUGUUGAUGUUUUACUGACUUUCUCAACACUCCCAUCAUCCUUCUUCUUGGCUCAAUGAUCGUCUUCGUUUAGAGUGGACCUACCUGUUUUAAUGAUAUUAAUGAUUAUGUAAAUAUAUUAAGAUAUUUCUCUAAUUGGAUCAUGAAACUUUACAAAGAUAUAGACAUGUGCAAACAGUACAUACAAAUAUUGGACUAAAAAUAGUAUUAUUUUCAUGGUACCAUUGAAGAGGAAGAUCUGCUUUGAUUAUCAGGAAGCAUGAAGUGAUAGUGAUGCUGUACAGAGUAGAGACUCAGAUGAAAUUUAUUCUGUGUAUUGUGGCCACAGAAUGGGGGUGGGGGGGGGGGGGGAUAGGUCACUUGCACACGGUGCACCUCACUUAUGGAAUCAAUUGCUACAUCAUAUCCGUUAUAUUUCAAGUGUAGAUUGCUUUAAACAUGCCCUCAAAACUCACUUGUUUAAAGCGGAUUUCCAGUAGACUUAGAUUUACUUUCACUUUGUUGUUGUUCAUUUUUGUGUGUAUUUUUGUGUACAGUACUUAUAGUUUUUCUUCUCCAUGCGCCUUGAACACAUUAGUCAUGUGGAGUUGGCGCAUUACAAAUACUCUACACUGUAUAUUAUUAUUAUUAUUAUUAAAUCACUCCUUUACAUUGGAUAUUUCUGUCAGAAGAGUAGUAUGCUCAACAAAGUUAUUACAUGCUGAGGAGAGUUAACAUAGUAGAAUAUGCUCUCACAAGCUGCAGUUCUUUAGAGUAGUCCAGAAUCCACGAAAUCCUGACGAGUGCUAUUGUAGAAAGAUGAAAGUGCACAGAGAAGCUGCUAACUUUAUGUAGGUGUAGAUGUUGACUUGAUGCAGGAUGAAACUUUGGUGAGGAAUCGGUUUCAUCACUAAGGGUUAGUAUGGGUUGUUUCAAAGGAAAUCCAACCCUUAUAGCAAACAACUCUAAAAGAAAGCAGGAAGAAUCUUAGAAGCAGACUGGUGAAAGCUUGAACAAAAUCUGACAAAAAAGAAGAAAGUUAUGAAUGUGAUGAAGUGCUGGAAAACUUUCCCAUUCGUCCCAACAAAUAAAAUAACUAAAAUUACAUUUUUUCCAAUAUGUGUGACUCGGGAUGGUCUUUUCGAUUUAGAGGACCUGUAAUAAUAUACUCUCCAUAAUAUAUUUUGAGUAGUGGCCCAAGGGUGAAAGCACUUGGGAGAAAAACAGAAAUCAGCGAUACUUAUGUACAUGACAAAUGGGGGAGUUAAAUCCGUGACUAAGGUAUGUCACCAUCCACGGACCAAACUACCAACUUGAAAUUCGCAUCAACUUCAGUGAUGUCAUAUUUCAAACAUUCAAAACUUUCUUCUUAUUGGUCCGAUUUAUUUCAAACCUUUUUGCCGUUCUGUUUCUCUGAUUGUCCAUUUUUUAUUCAAAUGAACUUAGGAAUUUCCCUUGAACACAUUGCUCACUCAAAUCUGGAUGUUCCAUGUAUUUAGUGUAUGAUACCGGUAGUUAAAGGUUAGGGAUCUUGCUGGGUGUUGACUGUUGAUGAUCAAUGGCGAUCAAUUGAUGGACCAGUUUAAGACGUUUUUGCAUGAUAUUGAUUCAGGUA